CCUUUGCGUGUCCAAUAUGGAAGAACUGGAGGUAGAGGUUCGUGGCUCCAACGGGGCUUAUUACAAGGGCUUAGUCAAAGACAUCCACAAUGAUUCUCUCACCAUUGCCUUUGAGAACAAUUGGCAACCAGAACGCCAGGUGCCCUUCAGUGACGUCAGGAUGCCACCUCCUGCUGAUGCCAAGAAGGAGAUUAGAGAGGGUGAGGAGGUGGAGAUCCUUUCUCGGGCCACUGAGCUGGAGCCUUGUGGCUGGUGGCUGGCUAAGGUCUGCAUGACAAAAGGAGAUUUCUUUGUAAUUGAGUAUGCAUCCUGUGAUGCCACCUACAACGAGAUUGUGACGUAUGAGCGCUUGCGCCCAGUCAACACUAACAAGGCAAUCACCGAUAAUUACUUUCACAAGUGCAGUAUCGCUAUUCCCCAAGAUCUGCAAGAAGCGUGUCAGACUGAAAAUGCCCAUAAGGACUUUAAGAAAGCUGUGGGAGCCUGUCAAGUCUCGUACUGUCCUGAGACCAGCCAGUUGGUCAUUGUGUCCACCAAUGAGUCAACUGUGAAGCGUGUGUCUUUGCUGAGUGAGAUGCACCUCCGCAGCCUCCGAACCAAACUUAUGCUCAUGUCUCGCAACCAGGAAGCUACAAAACACCUCGAGAACUCCAGGCACCUGGUGUCAUCCUUCCAGGAAGAGUUUAUGGUGAGACCAGAUUUGAUGGGAUUGGCCAUUGGUAGUCAUGGCAGCAACAUUCAGCAAGCACGAAAAGUUUCAGGUGUCACCGCCAUUGAUUUGGAUGAAGAGACUGGUACCUUUAGAAUUUAUGGCGAGACAGCAGAAGCAGUGAAAAAGGCAAGGAACUUCCUCGAGUUUCUGGAGGAUUCUGUCCAGGUACCAAGAAACCUUGUUGGUAAAGUAAUUGGUAAGAAUGGAAAGGUCAUUCAGGAGAUUGUGGAUAAGUCUGGAGUGGUGAGGGUAAGGAUAGAAGGAGACAAUGACAACAAGCAACCUCGACAAGAAGUAAGCUGCUUUUCGGGAAUGGUCCCCUUUACCUUUGUCGGUACUAAGGAAAGUAUUGGAAAUGUCCAGGUCUUGCUGGAGUACCACAUCUCUUACCUCAAUGACAUGAUGGAGCUUCUUGUGCAGAGCCAGCAGCUAGAGGAAGAGCUGAGAAAGCUUGGGGAUAACGCACAGGGAUGCAGCCUAGCACGAUUAAGAAUAAGUGGCACAAGGCACACAGGAUGUGUAGAUGAGGUUGAACAGCUUCGUCUGGAGCGGAUGCAGAUUGAUGAACAGUUGCGUCAGCUCACGCAGGGCCACCGACCAGGAGACAAGGAGAGAGGAGAGCGUGGGGAGCGAGGAGGAGGGGGAUACAACAUGGAUGGCAGUGCCAAUGCUUCGUCUUCGUCACAUGUUGGGCGUUCCUACAACUGUCGAGGUCGCGGGCGCAGAGGCCACGGUUACAGUACCGGAUAUGGCACCAACUCUGAGCACUCCAAUGCAUCUGAGACUGAUUCCGAGCGUCGAGAUGAAGUCAGUGACUGGUCUCAGGCUGGUGAGGCGCAAAUGAGGGAGAGGGAAAGAGGUCUGCGUCCACAGAGAGAUAGUCGCAGGCGGCCGGGACCUGGCAGAGGGCGAGGAGGACGAGGAAGAGGAGGAUACAAUAACAGCUCCACAGGGCCUCGCGGUGACACUACGGAGACAAACACUGAGACAGACCAGACGGCUGAUACAGAUGCGAGUGAGUCCAACUUGCUUGCCACCCGCCAGCGAAGAUCUCGACGACGUAGGACAGAUGAGGACACCACAAUGAUGGAUGGCAUGAGCGAGUCGGACAAUGCCUCAAUGAGUGAAAAUGGAAUAGUGACAGUGGCCGACUUCAUGUCCAGGGCUGACUCUCAGAGCAGACAGAUGUCAACCAAGGACGCCGAGAUUAACAAGGAUGAGAGUCAGGUGGAUGCCGGAGCAGAACACAGCCCAGAGGCUCCCUCUGCAGCCACCAAUGGUUCUGAAAACAGUGCUGCAGACAGUGAGAGCAACAGUGCCACCCAUGACCCCGGGUCCUCCACUGAGGGGGCCACUAAAGUCUGUAACGAAGGGGAGCCUGACCCUAAACCUGUUGUCAAUGGCCUCUCAUAGACCCCAAAACAUGGUUUCAAAUAUUUCCGCUUAUCUGGCUUUGUUUGAAAUCUCACAAUUUUGUGUGAAUCUGUUUUUAAUGCAGCAAGAACUGUCUUUUUUUUUUUUUUUUUUUUUUUUAAACUUUAAAAUUUGAAACAGUGCACAUUUUAGUAGUCUGUAUUUACACCACUCCUUUACACUCUUGUCCUACUAUCCAUGCAGUUAGUCUUUUUACAGUAGUUCUUCCUGUAUAAGCUGGCCAAAGAUAGUCUAACACACACUAUGUAAAUGUUCAUUUUCAGUUGAGGGAUUGACUGUGAAUGCAGUAUUUGGAAAAAGUAGUCAGGGAUUCCACUCAAACCCAUACUGUGGUAUUAAUGCAGCUGUUCUUUUUGGUGACAUCUUAGCAGGGUUUUUGUAAAUGUCUGCCUUUGCCAGGUAAACUUCCAAAACAUUUUCUGGAUAUUUUGUGCAUCUGAAGUAGUUUGUACUUCCAAUUGUUGUGCAUGAGCAAUACCACAGUGCAGGCAGAUUUAUUGGAAGCUCUGUGUACUUGACAUUGACGUGAUCAGCUGUCGUGCCUUGAGAAUAGUUUGAACAUGUUGCCUGAACCGCACAAUACACAAAAUCUUUUCACUUGUUUGGUGGUUGUUUGCUCCGCUUCGGUUGGACCAGAUGAGCUGUUUUUCUGAAAUGCUCUCUUCCAACUGUGAACUGACAACACCAACCACUGAAGACCCUGAAAAGAUGUUAGGAUGCAUAUCUUUUAAAGUCAGGUGUGACUGUUCUUAAUGUUUAUCCUUUCUAUAUUUGUUGAGUUUGGCAUAGCUGCUUUCUCUUUUUCAAUAUGCAACCACUUUGUUCAUGAGGAAAUGUUACAGCAUACAGUGGGGCAAAAAAGUAUUUUGUCAGCCACCAAUUGUGUUCUCACACUUAGAUGAGAGGCCUGUAAUUUUCAUCAUAGGUAUACCUCAGCUAUGAGAAACAAAAUGAGGGGGAAAAAAUCCAGAAUAACAUUUUUAAAGAAUUUAUUAGCAAUUUAUGGUGGAAAAUAAGUAUUUUGGUCAAUAACAAAAGAUCAUCUCAGUUCAAUAUUUUGUUAAAUACCCUUUGUUGGGAAUGUCCCAGGUCAAACGUUUUCUGUAAGUCUUCACAAGGUUUUCACACACUGUUGCUGGUAUUUUGGCCCAUUCCUUCAUGCAGAGCUCCUCGAGAGCAGUGAUGUUUUGAGGCUGUCGCUGGGCAACACAGACUUUCAAACUCCCUCCAAAGAUUUCUAUGAGGUUGAGAUCUGGAGACUGGCUAGGCCACUGCGGGACCUUGAAGUGCUUCUCACGAAGCCACUCCUUCGUUGCCCGGGCAGUGUGUUUGGGAUCAUGGUCAUGCUGAAAGACCCAGCCACGUGUCCUCUUCAAUGCCCUUGCUGAUGGAAGGAGGUUUUCACUCAAAAUCUCACGAUACAUGGCCCCAUUCAUUCUUUCCUUUACACGGAUCAGUUGUCCUGGUCCUUUUGCAGAAAAACAGACCCAAAGCAUGAGGUUUCCACCCCUAUGCUUCACAGUAGGUAUGGUGUUCUUUGGUUGCAACUCAGCAUUCUUUCUCCUCCAAACUCCCAAAAAUUCUAUUUUGGUUUCAUCUGACCAUACCUCUUCUGUAUCAUCCAAAUCCUCUCUCGUAAACUUCAAACGGGCCUGGACGUGUACUGGCUUAAGCAGGACACGUCUGGCACUGCAGGAUUUAAGUCCCUGGUGGCGUAGUGUGUUACUGAUGGUAGCCUUUAUUACUUUGGUCCCACCGUGUGGUUCUGGGACUUUUGCUCACCGUUCUUGUGAUCAUUUUGACCCCACGGGGUGAGAUCUUGCAUGGAGCCCCAGAUCAAGGAAGAUUAUCAGUGGUCUUGUAUGUCUUCUAUUUUCUAAUAAUUGCUCCCAUAGUUGAUUUAGUCACACCAAGCUGCUUACCUAUUGCAGAUUCAGUCUUCCCAGGCUGGUACAGGUCUACAAUUUUGUUUCUGGUGUCCUUGGACAGCUCUUUGGUCUUGCCCAUAGUGGCGUGUGACUGCUUGAGGUUGUGGACAGUUGUCUGUAAUACUGAUGAACAACAUUCAAACAGGUGCCAUCAAUACAGGUAAUGAGUGGAGGACAGAGGAGCCUCUUAAAGAAGUUACAGGUCUGUGAGAGCCAGAAAUCAUGUUCGUUUAUAGGUGACCAAAUACUUACUUUCCACCAUAAUUUGCUCAUAAAUUCUUUAAAAAUCAGUGAAUCCCCCCCUCCCCCGCUCAUUUUGUCUCUCAUAGGUGAGGUAUACCUAUGAUGAAAAUUACAGGCCUCUCAUCUAUUUAAGUGUGAGAACUUGCACAAUUGAUGGCUGACUAAAUACUUUUGUGCCCCACUGUAUUUGGAAAAGAACCAGGAGUCAUUUCCUUUGCACUGAAACUUAUUUUUCUGUUAAGAGUUAAUUGCAGUUGGAAACUGCCUUGUGUGCUCAACAGAGAUGUAGCCAUUUUUGUUUCCUCAGCUGGAAACUGAUUGAGUGUUUCCCUAAAAGAAAGCUUAUUUAUUUUAAAAGUGUACAGUAUUUAAAAAAAAAAAAAAAUUGAAAAAAAAUUUGACACUAAACAUACAUGAGGACGACACAAAUGGCAAAUUUUGACUACUGAGAGUUGUGACAACGCAUGUUUUUCUGUUGAACUGACAACGGUAGUAUUGUUUUUUUUCUAAAGGAUCAUUCUGGUUGGUUGAUGUGCAAUAUGUUUUGUAUGCUGGUAGUUCUUAAAUAAAUUUGAUCUUUCAUAUUAGAUCUAAAACCCAACUGUUUGCUCUCAUC